UGAGCGCAGACAGAAUGGGGCCCAGGAGCCCAGGCGGGACCGUUCCUGCACCAGGUACCCAGGGAAGGCAGAGGUUAGAGCUACCUCGCUCAAGAUGAGCGGCACGAACGCGUGCCGUGGGGCAGGGUGCAGCGAAGCCCGAGGGCUUGGCAGCAGAAAGCGGGGCCCCGGCGGUGGCACUGGCCGGUGCCGCUUGCAGCAAACUCACACAGGGGCGGAGGGGAGCCGCGGGUCCGAGGACAUCGGGGCAGAUCUGAGCCGGUUUUGCUCCCGGCCAACGGGAAUCCCCAAGCGAUGGGAAGGAAACAGCUCAGAAACCUGGCUAGGGAAACGCUGCAGGGCUCUUUGUGCGCGCGGGCACUGUAAACGAAAGACUGCGCGCUGCCAAAGUGGACAGGGAGCUCGUCACUUGUCCCUGCUGUGGAGCACGUCCCCAUAAGCUCCCACAGGAGGCCUGGGGCCACGGGGACGUGUCGGAGAGCAAUCACCCAGGGAACGUGAGUAGGGGGGAGAGCAAACCCGAGAAAGGCUCAAGUAACACCUCCAUUUCCCUUUUAGACACGAGCUGGUUCUGCCGGUGGCCGUGGAGCGGCGGAGAUGGCAGAGAACCACAGCUGGUGGAAGCUGACCUUCCUGAGGAAGCACAAAUCCAUGCCCAAGGUGCUGUACGAGAGCCCGGACAUCUACGCCAGCGAGACCCAGGAGGACUCAGGCGGUGAAGGGCCGCCCGACUUCACUACCCGCCUGGAGAAGAUCGUGGAUAAGAACACCAAGGGCAAACACGUAAAGGUCUCCAACUCGGGCCGCUUCAAGGAGAAGAAGAAAGUGCGGGCCACGCUGGCCGAGAACCCCAACCUCUGCGCGGCCGGUGAGCGGGAGGAGAAAUGAAGCUGCGACAGGGCGUGUGGAAGGGGGCAAAGACCCAGAGGACUGAUGCCCUCCUGCCGCAACCACGGACUCCCAAACCCAGCUUGACUCAGUCCCCUCUGCGGACGAUGGACCGAGCGGGGCAGGGGCUUGCGCUGCGGGGCUGGCAGGCCUCAUCCCGCCGGGCGCUUAGGGAGGAAAAACGACUUGGAUUGGAUUUUAUUUAAGGGAAUAAUAACCCUAUUUAAACCCAGGCCCACGGAGUGAUCGCUGUGGGCUCACAGCACUACAAGGGCAAGAGGACCGGGCGGAGGGACGUGGCUUCUCGCGGCGCAGGGAACGAGGAGAGCGAGCCGGUCGCAGCAGGCAGCCGCGCUGCAACGGGCCGAGCCGGCGAGCAGAGCCGGGAGCGGCCGGGCAGGCGCCCACAGCUAAAGCUGGGGGUUCGCUGCCGUGUCCCCAAGCAGAGCAGAUGCAGGCGACACAUCCUCUAGGACAGGACAGUCUAACCGGUUCAUGCUGGGAUGAGGACACUAAUCCCAGCUUGGCCACUUGCUGUGUGCCACCCCAGCUCUGCCCGGGGUCGCCCCCGGGUGUGACGGCUCCGGUUCCCCUCCUGG